GAGCUCGGGGCAGUGCGUGACAUCACCAUGGACAAGUCACUUGAUGGUCCCACAAGAGGGCGUGGCUUAGACUUGUCCAGGUUACUGCCCAGGGGCUCGUUUAGGAGGACAUUUGUCGGUGACGGCUCCCUGGCUGUGAGUCAUUCUCUGAUCAGGCUCUAAGUUGAUUCAAGAUUUGCAUUGUGAAAAAUGUUCAGCUUUUUCAGGAAAAGCCAGGAUGCAACAAAGAAGCCAACCAUUCAAGAAAAAGAGGUUGAAGAUUUUGUUCUACUGGGACAAACCUCUACAGAACAGAGAACUGACAGGCCUGCAUUUCCUGGGACAGAAUUUACAUACAGUCAGCCUUUCCAGAAACCUGCAGAAAGCACACCAAAUGUUAAUGUAGAUGGAACCGGAGCCCCCAGGCUCACCAGUGAAAUGUCUGAGGGAAGCAACUUGAUGGCUGAACUUCUAAAUGAUAUCCCUUUCAUUUUGGCGCCUCAUGUCCAGGAAGUACAGAACAUUUGUAGCGAGCUUCCUGAAAGGGUUCCAGUAUACAAUCUGGAAGAGAACUUUGCAAGAUUUCACUAUGACUUUACCUUAGAAAACUCUGUGCUUUGUGGGAUUUAAUUGAUUGCAUGUCCUGUGUUUAAACCUUCUCUUCACCCUAGGCACUUUGCAUUAAAAGUGGCAUAAAUAGCAACAAAAGCUCAUGUUUCCAAAGAGACGUAUAUACUAAGUAUUUGAAGGCAUGAUUACUUUAAAGGGGAAGAAUCGCAAUCUGGGUUAUUUGCUAAAGUGACAUUUCAAAGUGAAUUACACAUUUUUGGACGAAGUAGCUGAACUGAAUUAGAUCAUUUUUUCAGUUCAAAAUUAAAUUCAAAAUUCAUUUGGAAUUCUCUCUUUAGUGAAUAACUAUUGUAUUUGUUUAGUGCUAUCCCGUUGUUUACGAUUUGACCGUGCCAGCUAUUCCCGCCUAUUGUAUGCCUGUUAGUUUAGUUAAUGCCACAAAUAUUGAUCUCGUCUAGUAAAUCGUGACGUAGUAGUAAUGACUUACAGGGACAGUCUAAGCACCAUAACUACUACAUGUCAUUCUAGUGAGUAUAUAUCCUUCCUCUAGAUCCCAGGUCAAAUCAUUCUUGAGUGAUUUGACAUUCGCAGCCUGCCCCCUUUUGCUCGCCCGAUUGCUGAUCCAAUAGUUCCACACCUAUCCCUUUCAAAUAUGUCAUUUGUGGACAAAAUGGAUAUUUCUAGAUUAUGGUUAUGAGGUGAGGAGGCAAUUCAGUGAACGAGGGCUGCGUAGCCCUGGAUGCCUCAGAGCUCCUAGUUUUCUUCAAACUAUUUAAAAACUGUUUGAUUCAAAGGAAGAGGAUACCACCUGCAGCCUCGUAGCACCAUAACCACCAGCAUGUUUUGUUUAUGGUGUUUGGUAUGCUCAUCGAAUUUUGCUACUUCCGACUUCUGAAGUACUGAUAAAUGCUCAUAAGAGGAAAGAGGAUAUAUUAUACACAUUUUAAAUGUUGCUGUUCUCUUGUUUACAGUUUGUGUGUCAGGGUUUUUAUUGUGUUUUCUAGUUUCUUAUUUGGAGGGGAUAGAGAUCCCACUGUACUCUUGUUAAAUAAUUAUACUGUGUAUUGUAAGAGGUGCUGCUACCCUAUGCUGAUAAGUGUAGACCAGAAAACACAAAAUCUCCC